ACAAUUUUUGCUUCUUUUUAAAUGUGUUAAUAUUUCCCCUUCAAAUAUAGUACAAUAAUGAUUUCAACUUUACGACAUACUUCUAAACAUUGUUUAUAUUCCUUUAGUAUUAUUAGCCUUUUCGGUGGUAAUUCAUUAGAUCAGGUUCCAAAUGAAAAUAGCACCGUUCCCAAAGAAGAAACCGGUUGGGACCGAUUAAAAAAAAUGUUUACAGUAGAUGAGUUUGGAAAUUUAACCCACGAAGUUCGAUCAAUCGUACAAGUAGGAUGUAUGAGUGUAUUCGUUGGAGCACUUUACGGAGGUAUCAUGUCCAGCAAAAAUGCCUAUCUUGAGUUUAUGAGAAGUAAUGAAGCUACUAAAUUUGAAGGCCAUUUAGAUGCAAAGAAAAAAUUGCAACACGAAGUAACGACGAGUUUUAGCAAAGGCGCUCUGAAAUGGGGCUGGAGGUUAACCUUAUUCAGCACUACUUUCGUCGGUAUAAGUACUCUUAUCCAAACAUACAGAGAUAAAUCCGGGAUUUCGGAGUAUGUAGUGGCUGGAGGACUUUCAGGGUUUUUGUAUAAAUUUAACGCUGGACCAAGAGCAUGGAUUGUAGGUGGUGGUUUAGGUUCAGUUUUAGGAUUAUUUUGUGGUGUUAGCACCACUCUUCUAUUAAAAUUAAGCGGAAUCUCCAUGAAAGAGGCUCGCUAUUGGCAAAAUCAUUGGCAAGACGCUAGACUAGAAUAUGGGAGGAAAGAACUUCAGGAAUAUUUACAUCAAGAAAAUUUUGCCGUUAUUAGUUUGCACGAUGAUGAGAUUGGAGAAAGAGGAAAAAAUAUAGCAAAUUUGGAAGACGUUAAAGAAGUAGAAGCAAAUAAAUAAUGCUAAUUUAGUUU